CAUUUGCUGUUCAUCAUCACACUUGUAUUUUAGUCCCCCGUUAACAUUCCGCAUCAGGUACAAAAUAUUGGUCGACACAGAAAAUGGCAUGUACGAGCGAGGGUCCAAGAUCAUGAACGAGUGCCUGUCGAAUCAUGAGUGCAGGCGCUGAGAUGAACGUGGAUGCCAGUCUCCCCGCUGUUAUGGCCGAAGAAGGGGUCGCAGAACGGUGACAAUCUUAUAAAAUGUGGUAGGACAGCCGCGGCGCUGGAAUGUCGUGUUGUCUUUCCAGCAACUCUACAUUCCAGUCACUCAUUUCGUGUUUUUCAUCUUAUUGCCAUUGACUAACCCAAGUCUCUCCUUUUACCACACAUCAUCACACUCGACGAGUCUACCUUGACCAUGGCGCAGAAUACAUCCUCUCAGGCACAGCCAGUAAUUGACCAGGCCGACGUGGAUGAUUGGGUCAGACGAUUCAAUGAAGGGCUUGCCGACCACACUGUUAUCACUGCAUCAUCAUCACCCGAUGCACAGCCAUGGUAUACAUCCUUCUUCGGCUGUUUCUCGCCUAUCGAUACAUGUGCCAUCACCUGCUGUCUGCCAUGCAUUACCUUUGGAAAGACACAUCAUCGAACCCGCAAGAACGCCAACAUGGAGGGAUAUAACUGUCUCAACACUUCGUGCCUGUUGUUUGCUGGGUCUGCUUGCGUGGCUCUACACUGGAUCCCAAUGCUCUUCCAACGUGCCGACAUCCGCAAGAAAUAUAACUUGCAAGGCGACUUCGUUACAGAUCUCUUCACCACAUGCUGCUGUGGAUGCUGCUCGCUCAUUCAACAAGACAAGGAGGCAGAACUUCGAGAGAAAGAACUGAGUGACAAGGUCAACCAGACCGGAUAUGCCAAACCUAAUGAGAUGGCGUAUCCUGCAUAGAAGUGUCUUGGGAGGGAUGGUGAUUGCUUGAGAUUGGAUAUUAGCCAGUAAUAUCAACCAGACAUUAAUGUGGUCUUUAGUAUUGGUAUAUGUAUUGUGUUAAUCAAGUCAGGUGGUUGAUGUGGCAUAUACUACUAUAUGUCAACAAGAAGAAGGAAAUACCUUCCUGAAAUGAGUAAUGUUCUCUGAAAAUGCAAAACGACGAUGCUGUCAAGGGACCGAGGCAACCCACAGGAGAAGUCCACCCCAAGCCAAGACCAAGGCACUGUUGCGUAUAUGCGUACCGCAUGCUAGGGGCAGAAUUUCCUUCUGGCUAACGGUGUUAGAAGUCUUUGUGCUACUAGACGGCCAGCUGCCAUCUCUGAGUGCUACACGCCUAGUCCUAUCCAGG